AUGCGGAUAGAUGCUGACAUUUUUGUUGGCUUCCUCUCGCUGUUCAGCGUCCUGGCCAUCCUGCUCAACGGGGCGACGUUGAUCGCUAUCAUAAGAUGUCGGAGUCUUCGAAAGACGCAGAACAUCUUCACCUUCAACGUCGCCUUGGGUGACUUCGUAGCAUCAAUCGUUGUAGCCGUCCAGCGAUGGCUUGAUCAUUGGGGAGACGUGAAUCUCUCAAUCUUGACACGUACUCUGGGAGCUGCUAUGAUGAUAAGCGUCUUAAGCACACUCGCUGUGGCCAUUCACCGUUUCAUCAUCAUCCGCCUCGACCCUUUCCAAAACCGUCGUCUCGUCACGCCUACUCGCUGCGUCAUCGCCUGCGUGUUCAUCUGGGCCGCCGUCUUCGCCGUCUACCUGGGCACCUAUCUCCUCAACGACCGUCUCUUCUUCUACUUCGUCUCCCCCAUCAUGCUCCUGUGCGCCAUCGGGAUCUGCGCAAUCGUCUACGCCGUCGUGUACCUCACCAUCUCAGCAUCGAUACACGGCAUUGGGUUGACAUCCGACGCGUACAUCCUUCGAGUUAAGAAGAACCAGAAGGUCCUGUGUACCUUCCUCUUGGUGGUGUUCUCAAACCUGGCCUGCUGGGUCCUCAUGUGCUUUGUCAUGAUUUGCUUCUUCCUCAGGCCGUCGUUCAUUCUCCAAUACUACCCCCAGUACGGCCGGUAUUACACCGCUGCCUGGUUCUUAAACCUCUACUACGUCGCCUGGUGGCUCGUCAACGUCAACGCCAUCAUCAACCCGAUCAUCUACUGGACGAGGCUCAGCGACUUCAGACGACUGAUUUGCAGCUGCUGCGGUCAUCGUAACGACAAAGAAUCGUUGCCGGUGACGGAGGAUAGCAAGAUCGAAAGCGACUACGACAAAGGCAAGAAUGAUGUGAGCAUGGUUGCCAUGAAGGGUGUGAUUAAUCAACAAGAGAAUGGAUGUAUUUAA